AUGCCGGACGAUUCCUUUGUGAUUGAUCAUAAGUUAUUGUACAAUGAUUUGGUUGGACUGAUUUGUGAAAGAGUGGGGUGGAAUAGAAAGAAUGUGAAUUUGAGUCUAUCGAUUUUGUAUGAUACGAUGCGCAAUGGUUUUAGGCGUAUCGCCAAAAUCAAGGACGACGCAUCGUUGCAAGUGUUGUAUUUCCUCCCAAGUUCGACAUAUAUUGAUUUGUAUGUAGAUUUGGAGGUGGAGGGUACUUCUAGGUCCCAUUUGGAAGUAGGGACAAGUAGUGGUAGGCCGAAUGUGGAGAAUGUCGAUUACAUGGAAGAUGAUGAUGUGGGUGGACCGUUUAUGGAGGAUGGCGAUCACAUGGAAUAUGAUCACGGUGAAGAUGAUGAGGACUACACAUCGAUAAGUGAUCAAAGCGAUGAAAACCAAUCAAUAUCCGAAGGAAGUCGGAGAGUGAUGAAGAGGUCGAAGACAAAUUCGCCACAAAGGAUAGGCACAUAUAUCGUUCACGUGGAAGAAGCAAAAAAUGGUAUUGCAGCGUGGAACAUAGAGCAAAAGAGAGAGUUUUAUGUGAAGGAAAGUGAUGGUUCAACAUGGUCUAUUUGGUGCAAAUCCCUAAAAGAGUCAACCCCUAAGGGUUAUGUUCCUUGCCGUUGGAAGGUACGUGCCUCCUUGAGAGACCACGGUUUGUGGGAGAUAGUGAAAUGGGUGCCCGAGCACAAUUGUAUGAAUGUUACCGAGGAUAACAAUAAUCGGAAUGUGAGCGCAACGCUUAUUGCGCAUCUCAUAAGGCAUAAGGUUGAGUUGGACCCAGAUUAUGAAGUGAAGCUAGUUCAGGAAGAAGUGAAAGACCGUAUGCAUGUCGAUGUUCCUUACCACAGGGCAUGGGAGGGAAGGAGAAAAGCUAUCGAUCUUGUUUACGGCGACUGGGUUUCCAAUUUUGACAUACUUCCAAGGAAUGAGCUACGUGAUUUUAGCAAUGAUGCUUAUUUGUAUCUCGAGGAGAUUGAUGCUUGUCAGUGGACUCUUGCCAAAGACAAACACUAUCGUUGGGGUAACCAGACAACGAACAUUUCUGAGAGCUACAACAACGUCCUCAAGGGUGUUCGUUUCUUGCCAAUCCGGGCUUUGGUGGAAGCUACUUUUAUUAAGACUGUGGAUUUGUUCCAGGAAGAAUACGUGAAGUCGAGGAAAUGUAUUACUCCGGUCCCAACUGACUUGUGGGAAGACUUCAAGAAAAAAGAAAAGAAAGCCGCGCAACACAAAGUCAACCGUUAUGGUGCUAUUAAUGGCAAGUUCAAGGUGAAAAGUAGAGCCCGACUUGGUGGUAAAGGGGAUAACACGUACACUGUGAAAUAUGAAGAGAAGAAGUGUUCUUGCAAGAAGUGGCAAGAGUAUAGGUUCCCUUGUACACAUGCACUAGCUGUGUGUCGGAAGAUAAAAGAUCAACCAAUCAAUACGGUGAAUCCAUAUUUCAGGGUUGUUGCUUGGCAAGACCAAUUCAGUGGGCGCGAUGACUUUUCCCCGGUCGCUGAUAUGAGAAGAUGGCCUAAGUUAUGGGUUUGGGAGCGUAUCCCAAGACUUCAACCAAAGAGGAAGGUUAAAGAUGAGAGUUACUUGGUGCCGGACGCACCAUUAGGCAAUAGGUGGAAAUGUCCAAAAUCCAAAGCGAACAUCGCCGCUCAUUGUGUUGCUGGCAUCAGGGAUCAGUUAUCUAGCCUAAGGGAUGGGGAUGUAAGACGUGGAUCUUUUGUUGGGCCAUCGAGAACCAUACGAGCCCAAUCGGGUCCUUCGUCAAUUUCAAUGCGUCCAAACUGUGCUGAGUACCCGUUAAUCAAUGACAUUGAUCGCUGGAAUGCGAUACACCACGGAUGCCUUGGGACUGGAAAGGCAUAUGAUGAUUGGGUGCAAAAACACACUGAGGUACGACCUCAUUGGAAUGUGAGAGAUCAGCACGUGGUCCCUCAUGAAUUGGGUGAUCCGGAACUAGGUCCUCAAUGCACAUCGGACUACAUGCCGUGGUUUCAAAAGAAGACUAUCAGAUUUAUGACUGAUCCCACUCAAUACGGCCCUCUGGCACAGGGUUAUCACUCGUCUUCAUCUUUGGAGAGAUUUUAUUCUUCCAAUCUCAGCGACAUAUAUCAUCUCGCUGAUGCAGCCUUACGGGAAAAUCCAAGCCUUGGUGGUAGUCUAGAGGAUAAACUCUUCCAAAUCUUCGACAAGAGUUUCAGUGCCCUGACUUUGGGCCCACGUGAUAUGAGCACUCAGUCCGAUACUCAAGUUCUUCAGAAAAGACCCCCUGAGUCAAGUCAAAAUGUGGUACUCACGCAGAAAACAACAUCGAAGCCUACUGGAGGAGGAAGGAGGAAGCGACCGGGAAUUUCAGAUCAAACAAUCAUAGUUCAUCCUAAUCCAACUCCAAUGCAAGAAGAUGAUGAAAAUGAUGAAGGCAAUGAAAGCGAUGAGAAUUACUACAUUAGGGGCGAAGAAGAAGAAGAAGAAGAAGAAGAAGAAGAGUCCUCUCCACCUCGUGUUUCUUCCCAAAAGAAAAAGAAAACGGUCGAGGUUCGCAAGAGUGAUAGGACGAUAAAAACGGUAUACUACUGUGAUGUCUGUGAAGAGGUUUUGGAUAUGACUGGUACCCAACUGAAAGGUCACGUUAACUCCCACACUCAUCCAGUUGAGGCUGAUUUUCCCAUAGAAUUUUUAGAACAACAUCCACUUCAUUUCGAGGAUGCACCCGUUGAGUUACUUCAAGUUGAGAAUGCACCUGUUGAGUUAGCCCUGCAUCCACUUCUGGUUGAGGAUGAAGCAGAUCCUAUUGAGGAGCAACCUCAGUUGGAUGUAAUAAUGGAUUUUCUGAGGCCAGUUAUUGUUUGGUAUGCUGUGUUUGGAUUUGGGACACGCCGUCUGGAUGAGAGUGAUGAUGAGGAAGUGGCAGAGGGUGACAAACAUGUGCAUAGCGUCAAGGGGAUGGGAGGAAAGCUCAUCUUUCCGGAAAGAAUACGACAAGCUUUUUACCAGCAGUGGGAACACAUGGUUGUGGUCAAAUUGAUGGGGAAGAAAAUCACUAGAGCUCAACUAAAUGAUAAAAUUAGGGAAAUGUGGAGGCCGAAGCAGGGCUUUGUAACCAUGGACAUGACCAAUGAUUUUUUUGGAGUAAUCUUGUCGAACCAGGAGGACGAGGAGAAGGCGCUUCUAGGAGGCCCGUGGCACAUCGGAGGUUUAUGUAUGUUUGUUCAAAAAUGGUACCAAGGGUUCCGGGCAUCCACAGCCCCCCUUACAAAAGUGGCCACAUGGGUGAGAUUGCCAGAUCUGUCGAUAACAUAUUACCACGAAAUAGCACUGAAUGCAAUUGGAGAUUUCUUAGGGAGGAUAAUUAAAAUUGAUCCAAACACACUCAACGCAAAAAGAGGAAAUUACGCACGGAUCGCCGUAGAAUUGGAUGUCGAUACGCCUCUAACCGCACGAUUCCAGAUAGAUGAGGGAUGGUACAACAUCUGCUAUAACUGUGGCAAAAUUGGUCAUGGGUUGUUGAUUUGCCCGGAAAAAGAAGCAGCCAGAGAAAGACAGACCGUAUCAACAGAAUCCCAACCAAAAGACCCACCGGGUUCGGGUAGAGAUCAUCCGCCAAUUUCCACAAAUGCUGGUUCUCAGGGAUCGGCUUCCAAUCCCACGUCGGCCAACGGCCCAGUGGGACCAGGACCGUGGCUGGUGGUUCAAAGAAGGCCCCGGAGAGGAGCAUGGCAAUUGGAACAGCGAAACUGGAAUACUCAGACCGGAGUACCAGGGUCCAGAUUCGGAGUGCUAGCAACGGAACCUGACAGUGAUGUUGACAGGCCGCAAACGACAACUACGACAAAAACUAACGGUCAACAAAGUGCAACAGUUACAAGCCAGUGGAGGCCCAAAAUCCAAUUUAAAGCCCAAGCCACUGACAUUAAUAAUAAGGCCCAACCAAAAGACCAACCCAAAAAACAACCCGCUAAAGUAAUUGUCACCGAAAGGAGGGCUAUUGCCAGAAUUAGAAUUCAGAAAUAG